UAGUUUGGUCGAAAACAGGUCCUCUGCGGCCUUCUUACCCCAAGUGUUUGUGUUUCAGAAUGAAGACCAUUCUCAGCAAUCAGACUGUCGACAUUCCAGAAAAUGUCGACAUUACCCUGAAGGGACGCACAGUUAUUGUGAAGGGCCCCAGAGGCACCCUGCGGAGGGACUUCAAUCACAUCAAUGUAGAACUCAGUCUCCUUGGGAAGAAAAAGAAGAGGCUCCGGGUUGACAAAUGGUGGGGGAACAGGAAGGAACUGGCCACUGUUCGCACUAUCUGUAGUCAUGUACAGAACAUGAUCAAGGGUGUAACACUGGGCUUCCGUUACAAGAUGAGGUCUGUGUAUGCUCACUUCCCCAUCAACGUCGUUAUUCAGGAGAAUGGUUCUCUUGUUGAAAUCCGAAAUUUUUUGGGUGAAAAAUACAUCCGCAGGGUUCGGAUGAGGCCAGGUGUUGCUUGUUCAGUAUCUCAAGCCCAGAAAGAUGAGUUGAUUCUUGAAGGAAAUGACAUUGAACUUGUGUCAAAUUCAGCUGCUUUGAUUCAGCAAGCCACAACAGUUAAAAAUAAGGAUAUCAGAAAAUUUUUGGAUGGUAUCUAUGUUUCUGAAAAAGGAACAGUUCAGCAGGCUGAUGAAUAAGAUCUGAGUGAUCCAGUUACAGAAACUGCAAGAGGCCAGGCUCAUAUGUAAUAUUUUAAAAAUGAAUAAAAGCUCUUUUGACUUGGGACUUUUUCUUAAAUUGAUUAUCCUUUCCAACUAUUUGGCCAGUAAGCAGCUAGGUAAAUUCUAGCGUGCUAAGGACAAUAACAGAAGGAAUAGGAGGGGUUUUUUUUAGUAAGACUUAAUGGGAGAAGUGGUUUAAAGGAAUAGCAGGGGUAUUUCAGGCAAGAGGAAUAUGGGUACCAGUGACUGGCGACACUGUGGUGGUUCAUUGUUGGAUGAAGAACUUUGGGAGAUAUCCUGAAGGUAUGUGUAAUUUCGCAGAGGCACGAAUUUGAAUAUUUGUGAGGGCAAGUGCCUGAGUCACAGUAACUUUGUGUGAAAAAGCAGCUGAGAAGUAAUACAGUCUUAGUAAGAAUUAGAAGAUAGAGUUAAUUUAUAUUCAUGAUAAACAUGGUUGCUGUGGCCCAAGGUUCUCUGUUUUAGCAUAAUUUCAGCCAUUUACUCCUAUGUCCUAGUCCUUGAUAUCUAAAAAAAAAACUUAUAACCCUUCCAUAGUCUCUUCAUUCCAUGUGUCAUGCUUUAGAUACACUACCAUACUAGACUAUCUUAACUCAAUAGGAUUGCCUCUAAAUCUCUUCCUUGAUAGAAACUCCAACUUUAUGAUUUCUCAGGCAAAACUUAACAUUCAAGUUUGAUUUCUCUAACAUCCUGUGUGUCUAGUCUGUUAGAAAAAUCUGUGGGCUGUGCCUUCAAAGUAAGGUAUGUUCAGGGACUAAGCAAGGAAAAGUAAAACCCAUUUGGAACAUAAGGAUCUUAGAAGGUCUUCAUUUAGAUAAAUGAAAUUAAUUUUUAUAUUGAGUUAAUCUUUGGUUUGAUAACAAUGGUUAAGUAUUUAAGAAAUGGAUGAAAUUGUAAAUGCAAGUUUUGCUUUGAAAUAUUUUAGAUGAAGUUUGGGGUAGGCAUUGGGGUUCUAGGUCUAGGGUUUCAAUAAAUUGAUAUUUGUUGAAGCUGAA